AUGUCGACAGUGCGUCAAAAGCAGGCUAUUCUAAGCGCAGGUCGCAACACACAGCUCGACAGUCGGACACUACGGUUCACGGAAAAUGGCACCUUCCAGAUAUCCGUCUUUGAGGAUUUGCACUUCGCCGAAGAUGUUGGUCGCGAUAUCAAGACGGCCGUGGUCAUGACCAACGUUCUUUCUGAGGAAGAAGCGCAGCUAGUGGUUCUCAACGGGGAUCUGAUAUCCGGGGAAGCCGUAGACGAUUCGAACUCCGGCAAAUAUCUUCAUGAAAUUGUGGCCCCCUUGGUCAGCAUGGGAAAAGUAUGGGCAUCGACAUACGGCAAUCACGACAGUGAGGUUUCUUUGGAUCCGAUGACGGAUAUUUAUGAACAGGAGAUACGAUACCCGAAUAGUCUGACCCAAAGCAUGAUUUCCGGACCCAAGGUUGGCAUAACAAAUUACUAUUUGCCAGUUUAUCCACACGAUGCUUCUGAGAGUACUCCGGCACUUAUCUUGUGGUUUUUUGACUCAAGGGGUGGGCAUUAUUCGACAAAAGCAACCAAAAGCGCAGCAGAGAGUAGCUCGGUCGCGAGGGGGGACUGGAUCGAUGAAGAUGUUGUUGAAUGGUUCAUAGAAGCAAAGGCCAAUUUGACGGCUGCAUAUGGACAAGUCAUUCCUUCUCUUGCGUUCUACCACAUUCCCGCCCAUUCCAUGCUUCAGUAUCAAGAAAGAAGCUUUGAUUCUCACACAACUCCGGGUAUCAAUGGUGAAGAAGUGGCGUCUCAAGGAUCAAUGGACACCCCAUAUACAGGACAGGACCGCCAGUUCAUGCACGCUCUUCUUGAUACUCCUGGGUUAAUGGCCACUUUCAGUGGUCAUGACCACGAAAAUGAUUGGUGCUUCAAAUGGGACGGUCGGAUCAUCGAUCAAAAUCUAACCGGAAAUGGAAUCAAUAUGUGCUACGGUCGGCAUACUGGAUAUGGAGGAUACAGCGAUGUCACCCGCGGUGGGCGCCAAAUUUUCCUGGAUCAAACGACUAUGAAAGAUGAAGUCAAAACAUGGAUUCGGCUGGAGGACGGAACCAUUUCAGCCCCAGUCACAUUGAACGCGACAUAUGGUCAGGAUAAAUAUGCCGCAGACCGAUAUAGAGUAGGGCCACGAAGUGACAUACGGACUUCAGGAGGUUCUAGUGCUCAUGAUCUAUUGGCAGUGCCUUUGAUGUUCUAUCUUUGGCUUCCAAUCCUGUCAUUUUGGUACUGGAAACGCUGA